UAAGAGUGUCCGGAGAGGCGCCGGAUCCUCUUUCGAGUCUUGGCUCCAAGAUGACCAAAAAAAGAAGAAACAACGGUCGUGCCAAAAAGGGCCGCGGCCAUGUGCAGCCAAUUCGCUGCACAAACUGCGCCCGGUGCGUGCCCAAGGAUAAGGCCAUUAAGAAGUUUGUCAUUCGGAACAUUGUAGAAGCCGCUGCUGUCAGGGACAUAUCUGAAGCAAGCGUAUUCGACGCUUACGUGCUUCCCAAGCUCUAUGUCAAGUUGCAUUACUGCGUGAGCUGUGCCAUUCACAGCAAAGUCGUCAGGAAUCGAUCUCGUGAAGCCCGGAAGGACCGAACUCCUCCACCACGAUUCAGACCUGCUGGUGCUGCACCACGACCUCCACCAAAGCCCAUGUAAAGAGGUGGUUUCUUUCAUAAAGGCAAAAGGAAGGAUGCUUUGGGAAAAAUAAAACGGAAGUUCUACUUUAUGUAGCA